AACCCGUGGCUUGCAGGGUUAAGGGUCGGAGAGGGGGCCCGCGCCCGCAAGUCCGGCUUUCACAUAAUCACCGCUUCAGACCCUGUCGCCCAGGCAUGGAAACCGGACCACGUUCUCCGAUCUUGAAUCUGAAUCUUGGCUGCGAGACAUCGUCGAGUGGUCUUCAAGAUCCAGUCCGGCAACCUCGACGUCACGCCUCACCGCGUCGCUCUCGUCCUGCACGACUCGAAUGCGCAGCUGAAAACAACGAGUCGCCGUAUUAGCGGUAGCGGGACUUCGGUCACAGCAGAAGCAGCCGCAGAACGUCAUCGGGCGACUACACUGUCUGACAUCGAGUGCGGGUUGCACAUCCGUUGGUACCACCGACAUGAGGAAACAGGAUGUCUGGAAGAAAACGCGCCAAGCAUGUGGUUGACAAAGCGGCGGCUCGGUGCCGCUUGGAGUACCCGAGGCGCAGCAGCGGUCAUGAGGCUAAGAGCAGCUUCGAGCAAGACCGCUGCGGGCUCCCUUUGAUCGCAAGCCUACUGCGAUAUAUCGACGAGAGGAGCUACCAAAGAGCCCGGCUCGCCGGCCAGGAACCGAGCGCCUCUAUCAUCGUCUGUCCCGGGACCGUCAUCGUCGAGUACAACGACGACGGGAUUCGAGAGGGGGACGUCGACUCACUGUGCGGCUUUGAAGGCCAAGAGGAGGAGGAGCAGGAGGAUGCCACGGCAGAGCUGCCUCCAUCAGGGAGGGGGAUCCGCAUGCGCGCGCCGUCGCCCUUCUUUGCUCACGCGCGCCAAGUCUCCCUGCAGUCUGGCGAUUACGCAUUCUCCUUUAGGCCAUGGCCGCUCGAGCCGCCCCAGGCGAUCGACGGGGACGGCACGGGGCCCGUUUGGGAAGGGGAGGAGAAAGAGGAGAGAUCCGGUAAUCGAAGCCUGCCAGCGCAUGGCGGCGACGUGACAAGAGUGACGCUCUUACUGCGUGAGGACGGCGGGAUCCGUCACGCUAACCCGCCGUCAUCAGAAGAUACGAGCUUGGGGAGGCAGGUCGAGCUCCUCGAGCCGAAUCACCUACUCUUCAUGAGACAGAUCCGUCGAAUGCGCAUCGUCUUUGUGCUAGAGGACCAGACGCCGCUAUCAGAGCGCAUGUUUAGCGUCGAUGCCCUCGAUGAGCACCUUCACGCCGUGACCGCCACUCAACGGACCUCGGACGGACUAGCAACACAUAAAUCUCGAUAUUUCGUCGUCAGGACUCCGCUCCAAGGCACCACCGCAACCGCCGUUACCACCGCCACUAGUUGUCGAGACAGCAGCCGCCCAGCUGACUGUUCUGAGGUCGUACUUGGCUUUCCCCUUGAUGCAGGCUGGGUCCCAGCUGUGGAGUCGCAGUCGCAGCAGCAAGUAUACCGCUUCUUCCCCUUGGGGAACGGGGGUUUCAAGGUGCGUAUGUGUUCCGGCGGCCGUUAGGCUCACACCAACGGGAGACCGGACACUGGGCCACCACGCCGCCCGCCCCUCCCUGGCCCAGCGAUCUACUGCUCCCCACUGACACACGACCAUGGGCCUGCAGUUUCUGUUGCAGUGCGACCUGCUCACGGAAGUGAUAUUGUUCCAUCCAGACCACGGGCCCGGGCUGUUGGACCGCAUCGCCCGAGCCUUCGUCCAUGCUUCGACGCUCCUGCAACAGAAUUCGACGCUUGCCUACGUCUGGCCCAAAUACAUUCCCUCACAGGACUAUGUCACGGGAGAACCGUGGGUUGGCUUGGCCGGCAGGAUAAACGAGCAUCUCGCGAACCCCGUGGGGCGGAUGCGUGCGAAGGUCUUGUCCGGGGGAGGCGAGUCUAUGGCGUCGACGGCGCUGGAGCGGUGCAAGAGGGAGCUCAUGUUUCUGUAUCUGACAAACAGGCAGCGAUCCGUCCGAGAAGAUUCCCAAAACAUCACUGUUCUCGAUCAGAAUUUGGACCCCGUCCGGCCCGCGGAUCAGGAUGUAUACCUUCCAGGGAGGUCCCGCUAUAGCCCUGAAGAUCUCUUCCGCCCCGUCACAGCUGGGGAUGGAUCACGAGAAGGCGCACCGGGCUUCGAGGCAUCCUUUCUCCACCCAGAAAUCUUCAACAAUGGGCCAGAACGUCCUGAUGCCUCCCAUCCCGCGUGGGAACAGUGGCUCACCAACACCGUGGGCAUCCGCGCGCGGAUCCGGCUCAUCUCCCGUGCCGGCGACUCCCCGAGUGCAGCAUUUGCAUACGUCGCCAAAUAUCGCCAUGACGGACUUCUUGAUAUCCUCGAGCAGUGUUGGCGUGACGAAGGCGGGCUCAUUAUUGCCAGCCCUCAGCUGCUCAACUGUGUCAAGCAGGUCCCGGUGCCUUGUCUCUCUGGUUUCCUCCACCCGCUGUGGGAGACGUACCUGCCGCUCGAGGACCUGCAAAGGCGUUGCUUGCAGUUCAUAGAGCCGCACGAAGCAUUCCCCUUUGUCGAUCUUGGUGGCCAAACGUCGGCGGGCGACCUGGCCAACAAGUGGUCCUUUCUAUACACGCAUCUCGGCGUUUCGCGCAAUAACGAUCUGGGCUUUCUCCUCGACAUCUUAAGCUACGUCCAAUUGGCUAACUUAAACGGCAUGUCGGCUUCGCGUUGCCGCAGCGUGAUUCGUUUGUACUGCGAGCUGGAGAGACGUUGUGCCGAAUCCAUGGAGCCGGACUCUCUACGCGACAUCUGCCGAGCAUACGUUGAGGAUAUCCAGGGAAUCAUGAUUCCGCCCGACUGUGGCGCGACGUCGACCUGGACAGACGCCAAGCACUGCGUCUGGGGCCCGCCGUCGCUGCAACUAAUGUCUCGGUACCAACUGAGCCACAUGUACGAGCACGCACUGCAGCUGAGCCGUGCCGAACUCGACGCCCUUUCCUCCUUCUUUCGAGUGACCCUGGGCGUGCGAUGCGUUGGCUUGCAGGAUCUGGCAUCGGAGCUGGCAGCGCUGCGGGACGCGGGAUGUAGGGACCUGGCCCGCGUGGGGCGCAUCUACGAGUGCUUGAGCGUGCUCUUGACCCCCGAGAUGGAACAAGAGACGAGACAACUUUUCGAAUCCGAUCCUCUUACCCUAGUUGCGCCUAACGGCGAACCGAGAUGGCUCCGGACGUCACAAUGCGUGUGGGCUAACCCGAUCGGCAUUGACGAUCGCCCUGCCGUGGGUGUGCACUACGGGCCGCUCGAGAGCCUGUUUGUCCGAACGUUGGGCGUGGGCUUACUCACGAUAGACAUGGUCUACAAGCAGCUGCUUGGGGUGGAGAACCACAAACCUCCCUUUGCGGAACUGAAGAGCGGGUUGUGGUUGUUGAGCUCCUUGUUGGAGAUGGCCGGCCCAAGCAGCUGGCCCGACGCCACGCCGCUCCUCCAAAAACCCAUUUUCCCGGUGAGACGCCCCGACGGGGGCACCGUGGCCGUUUCCGCAGAUACGGACUUUGCCAUCGUCGACCGCAAGUUUCUAGGGCAGCACUUCGCUUCGCAGGUGAAGCUGCUGGACUUUUCGCUCGAGGAGGUGACGCUGUUGAAGCCUCUUUUCACCUGGGCGGGCUUCGACCAGAGAUACCUCUCGGUGUGUGUCUCGAGCAUGUCCUUCCUGGGAAGCGAUGCCACGCAGUACCCGAUAUCGUCGCUGAGUCGUGACCUGUGCCACAAGGCUCAUGUCUUGGUGCGGUACGCCGGGCUCCUCACCCCAUGUCCUCAAGUAGGGUGCUGACGUGACGAUACAGCAUCGCUGCCGCGUUUGGUAGCCCCAAAUACAAGCGUGCCGGGCCCCAGUUGUAUGAGUUUCUGCGCGGGACAAAAGUGGUCGAGACCAAUGCCAUUUGUUCUGCGCUGAGCAUCACACAAGAAGGGCGAACGGUUGACUCGCAGAUUGUUCACUCACAGCCAUUGCACCUGGCCGAGGAGCCCGGGGGUCUGCGAAUCUACGUCCCACGCGACAAGACGGCACAGGAUGUUUGCUUUGCGACGGUGCUGCCACGGCGGCUGGCCCAGUGGCUGAUGCAAGACCUGCUGGCAGAGGCUGCGGCACCAACGCCAGUAGACGCCAAUCUCGUGGCCAUCCUGGGCAGCGUUUUGAGCGUGGAGAUGCCAGUCGUCGAAGCUAUCCUCGAGCAUGAGGGCAUUGGCCAGCUGCAUAUACCCGUGAUUGCCCACACGACAGCAGCUAGUCGAGGAGAGAGUUCGGUCAUGCAGCGGGCGCCAUCGGGAGGCGAUGGCAGCCGCCGAGUUGCCGCGCCACCAACGCCGUCAUCAUCCAGUAUUGCCAGCCCAACACAACUUGCAGAAGCGCCUCCGCGGCGGGGGUAAAGCUCUUUUUUAGACGAAGGUGUUGCACGGCCUGGUGUUGCGGCAGAUCAGCUUUGCCUGGCUGACCGAGGUGAUUGACUGGCAAAAGGACCACGAAAAGGUCGAUGCGAACAGUGUGCAGGAACUAGAACGGGUGCCAAUCGAUGAUCAUAUCCCCAUCGGGACGCUAUUCGGGCACUCGGAGCCGCGCCGAGUCGCAGCCAGCCGUCUCGAGUUCAUAAGGACAGCUGUAAUAAAUAGACGGGGGAGAAAGGAUGGUGUGCAUGAAGGUUCAAUGCCUGCCAAGAAUGGAAAUGAAUGCAUUGCCUCUUUUGGCCGGCCGUCACCUGACCAGCCAUGUGGCUGUGGCGGCGGGCGGGCUCUGGUACUGACUCGGGUG